UAGGUGGUUAGGCCUAGUAUUUCCCUAUUCGCUAUUGAGGCUGCAUGUAUUGAUACACAUGUCACUGAAUAGGCCUGCAACUAGCACUCAGUAGGCCUAGGCCCUACUCCGCGCGGACUCGAGUAUACCAUUCAGUUCACAGCAAACUAGAAAUAAGACGAGACAAUCUCACAAACUCCUGGAUGUCCACGGCCAUCCGAUACCCGUUCUUAAACCUUGGAGUAAGAGCAUCGAAAUUCACGCGCCCUGUUCCUUUUACCAAAAUCUCCGGACUAUGAGCGGGGCGCUGAGCAACAGUGUGGAGGGGCCGGACGGCGGAAGGCCCGGCUGGGUGGCGGUCCUCGCGCUCUGGACCAAAAACGUGAUGGAGAUCGGCACCGCUAAAGGUAUCGGGAUAAUGCUGCCGAUUUUGCAACACCAGCUGACCGACCAAAUGUGGAUUCUCGGCUGGAUAGCGUCCCUGAUCGCAAUCGGUGGAUUCGUAGCUCCUUUCGGAGGAUUAGUGAGCAGGCGCUUUGGGGCUGGUUACGUCAUGAUGACGUGUGGCGUGAUGAUGAGUGCAGCGGCCAUUGCCGGAUCGUUCGUCGAGAACUCUCUGCAACUGGCGUUGCUGUACACGUUACUGGCAGGUACUUCUACAGGUAUAUCGCAAGUCGUUGGAAACGAGGCUGUCGGACGCUGUUUUACCAAGAACUACGCCACAGCCAAUGGCGUCGCACGAUCCGGCUACUCUGUGGGACUGAUCGUCUUCGCGCCCCUGGUUCAGCUUUUCUUGAACACAUACGGCUGGAGAGGAACCCUGUUACUUGUGGGAGCCAUCACCAUGCAUUCUGUUGCGAGUGGCGCCCUCAUGGUGGCAAACCCGCAGCCUAAACUUGAUCAGUCAAGCGCAUACCAAACGCUCCCCCAGACCGAACACACUAAUUCGUCUUCGGCACACGAGAGCGCUCUCCGUUCUCACUGUGGUUCGCUGAGGAAGUUCGUCUCUAAGAACUUCGACGCAGGACUACUUCUCAACGCGCGCUACUGGUCGGUGGCCAUCCUAUAUUGCUGCACGAUCUACGCGUACCUCAUGUGGAUCGUGUAUUUCGUGUCGCAGGCGCAGUCCAACGGGUUCACUUUGGAGGAGGCGGGGUCUUUCGUGACCAUCGGGGGCAUUGCGAACCUGUUUGGUAAAAUCAGUCAGGGACUUAUCACCGACCGCGGAGUGAUAUCUUCGUGGACUCUGGUUGCCGGUUUUCUCGUCAUUAGCUCCGUCGCCUACGUCGCCUCCUCCUGGCUGACUUCUUAUUGGACAAUGAUGACGUCAUCCGUGCUGAUUUUGUUCAGUGACGGGGUCUUGUCCUGCCAGACGGAUGUUCUCAUCAAGCAGGUUCUUGGUGUCGAGUUAAUUGCUGGUGCUUUUGGCUGGAUCGGGCUGAAGGUGGCGCUGUUAACAUUCGCUUUUGGAUUUCUACCAGGUUUGGUUUACGACUUGACCGGAAGUUACACAGCAGCCUUUCUACUGAUAGGCAGCGUGCAGGCUGUACCACUGGUGCCUUUGCUGAUGCUAAGAUAUUCUCAACGGUAGAACCUCGCAGAGUUUUUGCAGUGAUGGGGCCGGGUUCAUAAUUAUUGACUGUGAUUAUUAAAUAGCCCGAAUGCCUCGCGUGUAUCAAGCUUGGAGGUAUUGAUCUUCAAUUUAUUUUCGUAAAACGCUCCAUUUUACCUUAAGAAUACCGAAUUCGAGAUUUUCGGGGAGGAGGGGGUAGGGAAGGUGAGGGGGGGGGGGUGGAGAGAGACGGGGGCGCUGAUACUUUCCGACGCCACCGCCCCAAAAUUGGCGGGGCCAUUGUUUAAAAAAAACCUGUAUGCACAAAAUUCAUUCAAACGAAGACUCAUAAUAAGGAAACAAGCGACCGCGGCUAGCCAACUGUCAAAUUCACUGCCUUAAAAUCCCACUAAUUAACGCUUUGGUUAUUAGCUUCGGUUGAUAGCUCGAUGUGGACCUACAUGCAUCAACAUCGGGGGCGGGGGGGGGUCAAAAUCAAUUUUUCUUGGCCAAGGUCGGCCUCUCGUGAUAUUAGUGACCCCAAUUGUUCAAGUGAGGGCGCACUAUACCGCCGUGCCAUCGACUGUGGCGUUUAAUUCCGUGUUAGCGGCCAUCGAUUCAUAAAGAAUUUAAUUCGGUAUUGGGAAAUGCAUUUGGGUGGUAAACUUACACGUUCGAUAUUUCGAAAUACGUUCUUUUUGAAAAUGCAUUUGAUUAUUUUGUGAAGAAUGUACGUUCGAUUUUCAAAAAUUAUGCAGAUCCGUGCCAACCGGCAGAGGCAUGGAGGCCGAGUACUUGUUGCAGUGUGCAAACGAGUAAAGUAUAUUUCGACUUUAGCAGGAGCCCGCCGUCAAAACAGCGGCGGGCUAAUCGAACUAGCCCGGUUGGCGAGUUUUGGGCUACGGCAACGGGACAGGGAGAAAUAAAUCAUUAAACUCAGAUAGCAAUUAAAUCUGUAGCUGUAUCAGAUUGAAUGAUUAUAUCUGUUAAUUAAAAACACUGACAAGAUUGUUUCCAGUAUGCACAUAUUUAUGAGACACUCUGUAAAUGGAAAAUAUGCAGGCUAUUGUGAAAAGUGCACGCGGGCUAGGUCGAACCCUGAUUACGUGAAAUUACAUUACAUUUGAACGGCAUACAAACAAAAAAGUCAUCGACAAUGCAUUUUUCUUUCCAAUUUAUUCAUUUUUUUGUAGAGGAUCUUGAUACAAUAUUAUUCCCGUUCCUUUUUACGAAACUUUUUCUGACAUUAUGCCAUGUCCAUGCAAACUUACAGAAGGAAUGUAGUGGUCCGUAUGUAAAAACAGCAAUCUUGCUAAUCAUCAAUUUUGGGAAGUUCCCCAUAUUGUACAUCAUUUUCGUUUGCAACAAAAGGGCUAACAAUCUAAGGAAGGGUGUUUUGAACAACUAACUUGAUUUCAAAAAUCGUCGUCACAAUUGUCUUCAAACAUCACCAGCAUUAAACCUCGGUUUAAAAGUUAAAACUAUUCAACAAAGUCAUUUUGAAGGCCCGUCUUUAAAAAAAAAAUUAUAUAUUAAUUAUUCAUAUUAAUUGCUAUAAUGACUUUGUUACUGUAAAGAUACUAUGUACAGUUGUUGACAGUUGUUGAAACAA